UUGAAGAAAAAAAGUCGGUUCGUUAUUUUAUUUUGAAUAAUUGGUUAAUUAAUUACCGAAGAAACAAUCAAAUGGAUUUAGGCGAGCUGUGGGCGAUAUUCGGCCCCGCUUGUGCGGGCGCCGUAUUCGGAGUCGGCUGGUGGUUUUGGGUCGACGCCGUCUUUUGCAGCUCUGUCACUGUCUCUUUCGUUCAUUAUUUACCUGGAAUAUUUGCAUCUAUUGCGGCUUUGAUGUUCAAUUGUGUUAGAAAAGAUGAUAUUGAUCCAUAUGACGACAGCGAGUGGAGGUUGAAGCUCUGGCUUUUCCUUGCUUACGUUGUCUCCUUUACCUCUCUGUCUGCUUCUGUGGGCCUGUUGAUACAAGACUCGGUAGUGAAAUCUGGUCCUUCAGUCUGGACUGGUACUGCAGGUGUCUUACAGUGUGUUUUCGUGUUAAUCAGCGGACUUAUAUAUUGGACUUCUCACGUAGAAUAACCGAUCAGCAUUGUAGCUUGGAUCCACAAGUGAGUUUUAAUUAUUCGAUGGUGCAAUUAGAAAGGAUUUUUCACCGUAUUAAAUAUUGUACCCUAUAGUAACCAUCUUGACUGGGAAGACUAAGAUUAAUCCUGCUAUUUUGAAAUUUAUGAUUUCAACUACAUAGAAACCAUAUUUUUUUUGGUUUUGAAUUGGUUAUACCAACCUCUUUCCCGAUUUGAUUUGCCAUUUUGAGGCUUGUUUGUUUUGAUAAGGAAA